GAGAGGUUGAAAGAAGAGAUCUGGGAUUUAGAACUUAAUAAACAGGAGCUGUCGCAGCAGCUCUCUGAUUUGCAGGAGGAGCAGGAAAAGACUUUGGCCGAUCAAGCCCGGAUGACACGGCAUCAAACCGAGCUACUACGAGAACUGGAAUAUAUGAAAUCGCAACAAACUCAGUGGUCGCAAACAUUGGAGAGCUUACAGCAAAACCACCAGGAAGAAAUAUCUCAUGUACGAAAGUCAUUAUGCCAUUUGCAGGACGAGAACGAAAGUUUAUCCAAACGGCUUUCGCAAAUGCUAGAGUCAGAAAAGUUGCAGCUGGAUUCACAACCGUCGUCACCUAGACAAUGUUCGUUGAUGAAGCAGCCAUCGGUGGAAGUUCAAUCUUUGGAAAUCGAGCAGCUCAAGGCAUCGUUGAGCGAAGCCACCUAUCGCCUCGAAACUAUGCAAAGACAACUGGAAGAUGAAAGAGAAGAACGUAUGGAAAUUCAUAAACUGCUGCAAGAAGCCCAGGACCAAAUCCAACAUUUUCGGCAAUCAUCUUUAUGGUCGCCCAGCUCU